CGGGCUCCGUACCCGCUCCUCCUCCCUGUCGCGUGUGCGCCCUCCGCCAGGAGCCGGCCCGCUCCCACCCUCCUCCCGGCGAUGUCGUCUCCGUCGUCCGGGGAUCGGUAUGAAGAAGAGGAGGAGGAGGACGGCGCCUACGAGAGCCAGGCCAAGCGGCUGAAGCCCAGCGCGGCCGCCGAGGAAGGCGAGAUCGAGUACAGCGGCGCCGAGGAGAGCGAGAGCCGGCGGGACAAGGUUCCCCCGCAGCGCGGAGGCGGCUUUUCGGGCGGGGAUGCAGGGGGAAGUCAUCACAAAGUCUCUGUUUCUCCUGUUGUCCAUGUCCGAGGGCUGUGUGAAUCAGUUGUGGAAGCAGAUCUUGUGGAAGCUCUGGAAAAGUUUGGAACCAUAUGUUAUGUCAUGAUGAUGCCGUUUAAACGUCAGGCUCUGGUAGAGUUUGAAAAAGUAGAAAGUGCCAAGAAGUGUGUGACAUUUGCAGCAGAUGAACCUGUGUACAUUGCGGGGCAGCAAGCUUUCUUCAACUACUCGACUAGUAAAAGGAUUACUCGGCCGGGGAACACCGACGACCCAUCUGGUGGAAAUAAAGUUCUCCUGUUGUCAAUCCAGAAUCCUCUCUACCCAAUUACAGUGGAUGUCUUGUAUACUGUGUGCAACCCUGUUGGCAAAGUUCAGCGCAUUGUUAUAUUCAAGAGGAAUGGAAUACAAGCUAUGGUUGAGUUUGAAUCAGUUUUUUGUGCCCAGAAGGCGAAGGCAGCACUCAAUGGAGCAGAUAUCUAUGCAGGAUGCUGUACGCUAAAAAUUGAAUAUGCAAGGCCCACUCGACUUAAUGUCAUUAGAAACGACAACGAUAGUUGGGACUACACUAAGCCGUAUCUGGGCCGACGAGACAGAGGGAAGGGACGCCAGAGACAAGCUAUUCUGGGAGAGCACCCAUCGUCAUUUAGACAUGAUAGUUAUGGUUCGCAUGGUCCUUUGUUGCCAUUACCAAGUCGUUACCGAAUGGGAUCUCGGGACACUCCCGAACUUGUUGCUUAUCCAUUGCCCCAGGCAUCAUCCUCAUACAUGCAUGGUGGAAAUCCUUCUGGAUCAGUUGUCAUGGUUAGUGGGUUGCAUCAGCUAAAGAUGAACUGUUCACGGGUCUUCAACCUUUUCUGCUUGUAUGGAAACAUUGAGAAGGUGAAAUUUAUGAAGACUAUUCCAGGCACAGCACUGGUUGAAAUGGGUGAUGAAUAUGCUGUAGAAAGAGCUGUCACACAUCUCAACAAUGUCAAGUUAUUCGGAAAGAGACUUAACGUGUGUGUUUCUAAGCAGCAUUCAGUAGUUCCAAGCCAGAUAUUUGAGCUGGAGGAUGGCACAAGUAGCUAUAAGGAUUUUGCGAUGAGUAAGAAUAAUCGGUUCACCAGUGCUGGCCAAGCAUCUAAGAACAUCAUCCAACCACCCUCUUGUGUUCUGCAUUAUUAUAAUGUUCCCCUGUGUGUAACUGAAGAAACAUUUGUGAAGGUAGGCAGUUGAAAUCACUGUGGCAUGUAGUGCUUUGGG